GCCGCCAUUUUUGCAAAGGGAAAAGAGACAGGGUAGAGGGGAUCUAAUUUCCAACAGUCGGCGUAGGUAGGACACAAUUUUAACGGUUCGGAACUGACUGUCAUUAUUGGGUUCCAAUAACUACCAACGAAAAUUAAUUACAGUAGGGGGAGUCUCAAGAAGACUGCUAUCAGUGAAAAUAUUUUUAAACCUUAUGGAGCCGCAGUGUGGAGUGAAGUAGCUAUUGUUUUGGUUGUGUAGAGAGCGAGGCUCUAGCGACGGGGGUCUCACCCAGGUCGCUGUUUCUUUAUUCAGGGUAUCUACAGUGAGUGGACUUUAACUGCCUUGUGGAUGCACUUAGAUGUCUGCAAUGAGUGCUGUGGCUGGCAUGCCUCAGUGUUUUGGACUCCCAUGCUCUGGACUCAGUAGGACAAGAAUUGAUCAGCAAAGAACGUCAUGAGCAUAGUGAUCCCUGUAGGGGUGGACACAGCAGACACCUCAUACCUGGAAAUGGCUGCAGGCUCGGACAGACCAGAAUCGGUAGAGGCCAGCCCUGUGGUGGUGGAGAAAUCCAGCUACCCGCACCAGAUCUACAGCAUUAGCUCUCACCACUCCCACAGUUACAUUGGGCUGCCCUACGCCGACCACAACUAUGGGGCGCGACCCCCGCCCACACCCCCGGCCUCCCCUCCCCCCUCCAUGCUGAUCCGGCCAGGCGAGGGGCUGUUUGUGCCGGGGGGCCUGCAGGACGAGGCUUCCAGGGGCACCACACUCAGCACCUCGGAGGACGGCAGCUACGGGGCCGACAUCACCCGCUGCAUCUGUGGCUUCACCCACGACGACGGCUACAUGAUCUGCUGCGACAAGUGCAGUGUGUGGCAGCACAUAGACUGCAUGGGAAUCGACAGGCAGCACAUUCCUGAGACGUACCUGUGUGAGCGCUGCCAGCCGCGCAUCCUGGACAGAGACCGGGCCAUCGUGCUGCAGACCCGCAAGAGGGAGAACAUGUCCGGUGAGUGGAGAGAUGGCAUACCGGUAUGUAUCUCUGCAGACGGGGACACCAGUGCCACAGAGAGUGGGGACGAGGUGCCGCUGGAGUUGUACACUGCCUUCCAGCACACGCCCACCAGCAUCAUACUCACCACCGGCCGCCUGGCGGGCAACAAGCAGGCCGACAAGAAACGCAAGAGGAGCGGAGAAAAGGAGCCUGUCGCCACCUCGGCCCGAGCCAAGAAGGCGUUCCGUGAGGGCUCCAGGAAGUCCUCCAGAGUGAAGGGUGGCGCUCCAGAAAUGGAGCCCGGGGAGCACCCGUCUCUGUGGGAGAACAAGAUGAAGGCUUGGAUGGAGGCCUACGAGGAUGCCGGCAGCAACCAGUACAGCGAGGACGUCCAGAUCCUGCUCCGCGUCAAGGAGGCUGGCGACGGCAAGACCCUUGCCUACAACACUCACACGGCCACCUUCAAACCGCCCGUGGAGAGCCAGGUUCAGAAGAACAAGAAGAUCCUGAAGGCAGUGAGGGACUUGGCUCCAGACUCUCUCAUCAUAGAGUACAGGGGCAAGUUCAUGCUGCGACAGCAGUUUGAGGCCAAUGGAUGCUUUUUCAAGAGGCCGUACCCCUUUGUGUUGUUCUACUCAAAGUUUGACGGGCUGGAGAUGUGUGUGGACGCCCGCAGCUUUGGCAACGAGGCUCGCUUCAUCCGACGCUCCUGCACCCCCAACUCUGAGGUGCGUCAUGUAUUAGAGGAUGGUAUGCUCCAUUUGUACAUUUACUCUUUGAGGUCCAUCAGCAAAGGCACCGAGAUCACCAUAGGCUUCGACUAUGACUAUGGCUGCUGUAAAUACAAGGUGGACUGUGCAUGUGUGCGGGGGAACCCAGAGUGCCCGGUGCUGAAACACAACCUGGAGCCCACCGAGAACCUGGAGGCCAGCAGCCGCCGGCGGGGCCGCAAGGACAAGGAGCCCAUGAUGCAGCGAGGGGACCACCUGGACCUGGGCCAGAACCAGAAUAUGACCCUGGACUGUGACGGCAAGACCAAGGGUCUGGGGGCCGACGGCAAGCAGAGGAAGCUAUCGCCCCUCCGCCUCUCUAUCUCCAACAACCAGGAUCCUACAGAGUUAGAGGGUGUAGAAGACCAGCCUGAUAACUCCGUUAGCAGUGAAGUAGAGAUGGAGUCAGAGGAGACCAUUGCAGAGAGAAAGAGGAAGAUGGCCAGCCCAGCGGAGGAGUCCCAUCUGCAAGGCGUGGGGGCCUCCAGCUGUCUGGGACUGAGUAAACCGGAGACCCGUGAAGAGAGGAAGAUGGAGGCCAUCCUGCAGGCCUUUGCCCGCAUGGAGAAGAGGGAGAAGAGGCGGGAGCAGGCCCUGGAGAAGAUUGGCACCAAGUCAGAGGGGGGCAUCAAGGAGGAGCCCCCUGCCACCCCCGAGGCCGACAUGCAGUCUCCUGGUAUCAUGACGCCCCUGCUAGAGGUAAAGGAGGAGCCGGGUCUCAACAAGCCCACACCGGCCAAGCUGCGAGGCAGCAAGCAGAGGAAGAGCUUCUCGCGGAGCCGCACCCACAUCGGGCAGCAGAGGCGGCGAGCGCGCACCAUCAGCACCUGCUCUGACAUACCUCCCGGCUCGCCCGGGGAACUCCUGGACCCCCUGGCCAAUGAUAGCCUAGACGUAGAGGCCUCCAGGGAUCCUGAACCAGAGGCCCUCUCCUCCCAUGCCCCCGACACCAGCCCCCCUUACAGUGGCUCCCCGGCCCCUGACAGAAACCGCUCCGGGCAGAAGUACCCCAAAACUAAAAAGCACUUAGUGAGUGAGUGGUGCGUCGACAAGCAGGAGCGGUCAUUGCGGACCCCAGAGCCGGCCCCGGAGAGGCCCCUGAGGAUCAGCAGCGACCCUGAGGUGCUGGCCACCCAGCUCAACGCCCUACCCGGCAUGGGCCCCAGCCCGCACGUCUACAGCACGCCCAAACACUACGUCCGCUUCUCCUCGCCCUUCCUGGCCAACCGCAGCCCCACCACCCCUGGGGUGCCCACUGGACGCCGGCGUUCCCGCGAGCUGCCCGACACGCCGCCCACCUCAGGCUCCUGCAAGAAGCGCUGGCUGAAGCAGGCUCUAGAGGAGGAGACCACCACCCCUCCACCCAGCAGCGGCCGGCCCACCCUGGUCAUGCCUAGCGAGGGCCCUCUCAGCCCCCCUAUCAACGGGGACUCUGAUAGCCCACUCCCCUACAACGGAAGCUGCACCUUGCCAGGUGAGGACUCUGAGUUGCCAACUCCUCUGAAGAAGCGGCGCCUGGGUCUGUGUCCACUGGACGCCUGCAUGUCAGAGAGCUCCACCCCCUACGGCUCUCCCUGCGCAACGCCAACCCGGGCCGACCUAUCAGAGACGCCGGGUACACCCUUGCUGCUGGCCACACCACCCCGCGUCACCCGUAUGGAAGAACCGAGCCCCGAGCCUCUACCUAGCACCCCCACACACACACUCAGUGCCCCGCAGGAAAGCGAGUCUUCCCUGGACAGCUCACCAGAGGGCAGUCGCAGACCCAGCCCCCAAGAGGCUGAGCGGCCACCUUCGCUGCUCUCCUCCCCCUGUGUAGCGGUCAGGGCUCCCAGUCUGGAUGUGUUGCCCCCCCCAAGAGGCCAAGACCAGCGCCCCCCUGAGCCCCCAGCCCCCCACCCCCGAGCCCCAGGACUGUGUGGGAGAGGAGGGGCCAGAGACAGUGACCGAGGGCAGCAGCGACACCCCCUCCUCCACAGACCCAGCCUCUUCCUCCCUCCUCCCCCCCUGGAUGAAGAGUCCAGAGAGAGUGGGUCUGUCAGGGCCAGGGGGUCUGUCCUUCUCCCCCAUCAACUCUAACCUGAGGGACCUUACCCCCUC